AACAACAACAACAACAACGCUUGACCAUCCAUCGAAUGCUGCUUUCGUCCUUUUCAUAAAGCUUCUUUCUGUCUUCUUUCUAGGGUUUAUAGUUCUUCUUCACCUUCUCUUUCUCCACCAUUCAAAUUCCAAUUCCAUUUUCCUGGUAUUCUUUCUCUCUCUCUCAAGAAAACAUCAUCGUCCCAAUGAGUCGGCAGCCGGAAGUUCUUUGGGCACAAAGAUCGGAUAAGGUUUACUUGACCAUUUCUUUGCCUGAUGCAAAGAACAUCUCUGCUGAAAGCAAGCCUCAGGGGUUGUUCACUUUCUCUGCUACUGGGAAGCAGGGAGAGCCUUUCAGCUUCAGUUUAGAACUCUAUGGAUCUAUACUUCCUGAGAAAAGCAAAAUAAAUGUUGGAUUGAGAAACAUACUCUGCACCAUUCAGAAAGAUAAUAAAGGUUGGUGGAAGCGACUUUUAAAGUCAGAAGAAAAGCCUGCUCCAUAUAUAAAAGUUGAUUGGAAUAAGUGGUGUGAUGAAGAUGAUGAAGAGACCCUAGAUGACCAAUCCGGUGCUGAUGAUGAAGAUGAUGAUGAUGAUGAUAAUGAUGAUGAUGAUGAUGUGCAGGGAAACAACAAUGAUGAUGAAAGCAGCGAUGAAGAUGGAGGAUUGCUAUAUCUUCCUGAUCUAGAGAAAGCUAGAAGAAAUACUCACUGCUAGAGUGGCGGAAGAGAAGUCCAAAACUAAACAUUGGUAUGUCACAAGAGUGAAAGGUGUAUAUGUUCAGGCUAAUAAUACUCUUUACCUUAAUAUAUAUUCUAAAGCUGAUUUGCCAGGCCUAGUGGUGUUAUGGCACAAGUACCAUUACUUAUAUUGCUAACAAUAUGAUACUUGAGAUUGCUAUUUACUGUUAAA